AGAAUAUGCCGAGCGAUCAGUCGUCACAUAUCACGGACGUGACCGAGCAGUUAUGCCUCUCCGAAAUUCUUUGCAUCGCCGGAACCACAAGGAGCGCUCUCAGCUAGCGCAUCGGUCGCGUCUCGGAGUGCUAGAAAAGCACAAGGACUAUGUUCAGCGUGCCAGGGACUACCACUCCAAGCAGGACAGACUCAAUCGUCUCAAGCAGAAGGUUAACGAACGAAACAAGGAUGAGUUCUACUUUUCCAUGACGAAACAGGCCACCAAGGGCGGUGUGCAUAUUGCGGACCGAGGAAAUGUGGCCCUUCCUCAGGAUACUGUGAAACUACUCAAAACCCAGGACGAGAACUAUGUCCGCACGAUGAGAGCCGCGGGUCUCAAAAAAGUCGACAAAAUCAAAAACCAGCUGAUGUCGAUGGCGGACUUGCUGAAACCGGGACUGUUCGACGAAGAGGAAGACGCUGCCGAUCUGGAUCCCGACGAACUCGAGAUACUUCAAAGUGCCGGCUCGUUUCGCAGACAAAAAAGAAGAAGGGCAAAGGUCGUGCGACCCCAAAACAUAUCGUGUUCGUGGAAGAUGAAGCUGAAGGUGUCACGACACUACGCUAGCGCUAGUAGCUCCCAUACAUCGCUCGAUGAACCUAUGCCCACCGCAGCUUCAGACGAAGAACCCGACCUCGGUUGGAAGGUUUCGAAGUCACGCCGACGCCACACAACACAAGACGAUGCGGUUGACGAAUCUAUGCUCGACGAGGAAGAGCACCGGGAAGUCGCCCGCACCAAUCGCACGCGCCUGUUGAAGGAACUUUCUGCGCGGUUAUUCCGUGAUCGACAGCUGCGAUAUGCAGAACGAGAGUUCGAGAUGCAACGCCAACUCAUGGGCAAAGGCGCGCGGCAAAAAAUUGCGGGUGUCGAGGCUGUGGACGGAGACGAUGACGAGGAAGAUGAAGAUGAGAUUGACGCGAGGCGAGGAAAACGAAAGGAGCCGAAGCCAAAGUUCGUGGAUCCCAAGACCUACAAACCGAGAGUCUACAAAUGGCGUUUGGAGCGUAAAAAGUAG